AGCGUAGAUUGUAGUAGGUCACUUUGUGAUGGCCAUCAAGUGGAUAGAGCGUUUGCGGUUUUUAUUUUUUCCCCUUGGAAAAUAAUGAUAUUCGUAUUGAAUAAUCAUUUGUUGGUCUCGCUAACCAAAUUUUCCUUAGCCCUAGCUUAUGCUUUACUCUGAUGGUAAAGUAAGCUUGAGAAUAAGGGUUUAAAUGGUUGAAUUUUGAUCAUGAUUGUGAUAUCCUCCAACGCUCUAUCCAUUGAUAUGCCUUCACUGGACCCUGGUUUCCCUUGCUCUUGUUAACCCCACUGGGGACUGUAAUCCCGCGCAGAACCGUUCCGCUUUUGAUAGUCAUUGAUUGUGAUAUACGCAGCUGCUGCUGAUAGCAAAAUGCUGGAUCGCCGAAUGCUCUCCCUCCGGAUAUGCUGGCCCACCUGGGGACGUCGCUCCAAUGAUUUGUUUUUUAUUUUAUUUUUUUGUGCUUCUCUAUGGCCAAUAAUUGCAUCCAGUCAUGGGAAUCUUACGCGGCAUACGUUUUCGCAUAAGACUUCCGAUGAUUACUUUACGGAUCCAUGCAAAGCCGCUGGAUUCAUUAAUGACAUGGCGCUAAGUGAUGCUGAUCUCCAGUUAUUUAAAGUUCCGCAGACCCACAUGGUCAGUCGCAGUGAUGUCAGCCGCAAUCAGACAUUUGGACAAAUUGGUUCCCCUCAUUCGGCUGAGGGACUGGAAGCCGGUAUGAAGUUACGAGCAUGGCUGGAGGCUCGCAAUCAGACACGCGCCGCGCGUCGCCGACAUCCCAGAUUGCAGCACGUCAAGGCGAAACGGGCCGCGACGGCACGCAUGGAACGCAUCUGGGAUUAUGGAAUUAUUCCCUAUGAAAUUGAUAAAAACUUCAGCGGAGAACAUAAAGCUUUAUUCAAACAAGCGAUGCGUCACUGGGAAAACUACACGUGCGUGCAUUUUGUGGAACGCCGUCCGGAACACGAGAACUACAUUGUCUUUACCGAACGGCCUUGUGGGUGCUGUUCAUUCGUGGGAAAACGUGGGAGCGGUGCACAGGCGAUCAGUAUUGGCAAAAACUGUGAUAAAUUCGGAAUCGUCGUCCAUGAAUUAGGACAUGUUGUUGGCUUUUGGCACGAGCACACACGUCCUGAUCGGGAUAAUCAUGUGGAGAUUAUUACCGGCCACAUAAUGACGGGUCAGGAAUAUAAUUUCAACAAGUUGACCGCCGAGGAAGUCCAGUCACUGGAUCAGCCGUACGAUUUCGCCAGUAUUAUGCACUAUGCACGGAAUACUUUCGCGCGCGGCACCUACCUAGAUACGAUUCUGCCCCGGAAGACGCCCGAUAUGAUUGAACGGCCGGAAAUCGGGCAGCGUAUCCGGCUGUCCGAAGGGGAUAUUGCGCAGACCAAAUUGCUGUAUAAAUGCCCAAAAUGUGGCAGGACGCUGCUGGCACCGACAGCAUCGUUCAGUUCACCGGAAUACGAACUGGACAAUCAGCCGAUGGUGCAUGCGGAUAAGGACGGUUACCGGUGUGUCUGGCGGAUUGCUGCGACACACGGAGAGUUGAUUUCGUUGAAUAUCAGUGACCUGGCCAUUGGGCAUACGAAAGACUGUUUCGGGGAUUAUCUGGAGAUUCGGGAUGGUUAUUGGCACAAAUCUCCGCUGCUUGCGCGCCUGUGCGGCACGAAUACAGCGCCGACAACCAUCAUGUCCACCGGCUCACGUUUAUGGAUUGAGUACAAAUCCAGUCCGUCGCCACCACCGCCGGGCAUGGGCCGCUUGACCGGUUUCCGGGCCAACUACGAAGUGAUCUGCGGCGGCAAUGUGACGGCCUCCAAAGGCCAACUGCAGAGUCCCAAUUAUCCUGAUGAUUACCGGCCCAAUAAGGAGUGCAUCUGGGUCAUCCGCUUGGAGAAGAACUACCAGGUGGCCAUACAAUUUCAGCAUUUUGAGAUUGAGAACCACGAUGAGUGCCAGUAUGAUUAUCUGGAGAUUCGCGAUGGACCCGAUGCCAUGUCGCCGCUGUUGGGAGCGGGACGCUAUUGUGGCUACCGGCCGCCCGAUGCGCUGAAAUCCACGGGGAAUUCCUUGUGGAUUAAAUUUGCCUCGGAUGGAUCGGUGCAGAAGGCCGGGUUUUCGUUGGAUUAUAUGACUGAAUUCAACGAAUGUACGCAAACUGAGCAUGGAUGUGAGCAGAUCUGCGAGAACACAUUGGGUGGCUAUCGCUGCGAUUGUCAGAUCGGUUAUGAAUUGCAUUCGGACGGCAAGCAUUGCGAAAAAGCUUGUGGUGGGUUUAUUAAUGCGUUGAACGGCACCCUUGUCAGUCCAUCAUUUCCGGAACUAUAUCCCGCCAAUAAGCACUGUGUCUGGCAGAUCGUAUCGCCACCGCAGUACCGUAUUACGCUGAAUUUUACCCAUUUCGAUCUGGAAGGAAAUAACCAAGAUUGUGAGUAUGAUUCCGUCACCGUGAGCUCAGCCGGGGACAACUACACCAUGGAAGAAUGGAAACGGUUGGGUGUGUUUUGCGGGCAAGUGAUACCUAUGCCCAUCACAUCCGAGGGGAAUGUUUUACGGGUGGUAUUCCAGUCGGAUAAUUCGGUACAGAAGAGUGGAUUUUCUGCGAUAUUCUUUACAGACAAAGAUGAAUGCUCGGAAAACAAUGGCGGGUGUCAGCAGAUCUGCCGGAACACAAUCGGCUCUUAUGAAUGUCUAUGUAACAACGGAUUCACGCUGCAUGAGAACAAACACGACUGCAAGGAAGGCGGUUGCAAGUACGCCAUCAGCGAAGCCAGCGGCGAAAUCACCAGUCCCAAUUAUCCCGAAUCCUAUCCGCCACGCAAAGACUGCAUCUGGCAUUUCAGCGCGACGCCCGGACACCGUAUCAAAGUGAUUUUCCAAGAAUUUGAGGUUGAACCACACCAGGAAUGCGCCUACGAUCAUAUCGAGUUGUAUGAUGGAGACUCCAGUGGUAGUCCGGUUCUGGGACGGUUUUGCGGCAGUAAAAUUCCCCAUCCGUUGAUUUCCAGUACAAAUCAGAUGUAUAUGGUCUUCCAGUCGGAUGCCAGUGUCCCGAAAGGAUUCAAGGCAGAGCAUAGCACAGAAUGCGGCGGACAUUUGAUUGCCACGAAUAUGGUGGGUCAUCUGUACUCGCACGCCAAAUACGGCGAUCAGAAUUAUGAUAACCGUGAGGAUUGCGAUUGGAUUAUCGAAUCCAGUAUGGAUAUGAUGUCGGUGGAGUUGCGCUUUCUGGCCUUUGAACUGGAAGAUGCACAGGAUUGCAGUUAUGAUUUUGUUGAGAUCUACGAUGGGUACGACGAUUCGUCACCCAAACUGGCCACGGUCUGCGGCAACAAGCUGCCCACUUCGGAGUAUUUAUCCACCGGUCGAGCGAUCUUACUGCGCUUCCGCAGUGACGAUAAUAUCAACUCCAAAGGAUUCUCCGUAGCAUACGAUAUCCGCAGCUUUGGUGAUGGGCCGACAACACGCAGUCAUACUGAUUCCGAGCAAGAGGUCCAUCUACGCAGACGUCUCCUCGGACCCGAUCCCGAUGAGCCGACACGCUGAGCGAGACAGUAUUUUCUUCUGCUUUUUAAUUUAUAAAUAGCGUCGAUAUAUGGAAUGCCGGUAAAUGUCUGUGGGGGUUUUUAACGUUUUAUGAGGGAAUUUUAAACAAGUGAAAGCAGAAGCGUUUUGCAUCAGAGCAACGAUUGUGCAGUAUUUCACUUUCAGUGCAAAUUUCAUGAUCAGUGACGUAUUCAAAGCGGACAUAAUAUAAAUUAAAUAACUGCGGACGGUA